UUUUCCGAGGAACCAAACAAGGUGUUAAGUAAACGAAAACAAAACCCCCCAAAACCCUAGUUCUUCUUCCUUCCUCAAAACCCUAUCAGGAACCCAAAACCCCAAUCAGGAACCCCAAACCCUAGCGUCAUGAGGCCAUUGGACGAGAAAGAAACCACACAGGUCUUCGAAAAGCUCUUCAAAUUCACAGGAAACAACCUCAAGAACAUCGUCGAGAACCCAUCACACGAAGGCCCCGACCCAGACCCAGGUCGAUACUGCUUCCGGUUGCAGAAGAACAGAGUCCACUACGUGAGCGAGUCCCUGGUCAAGCGAGCCACCAACAUCAAGCGCGAAAAGCUUGUUUCGUUGGGUACCCAAGUGGGCAAAUUCACCAAAGGAGGUAGCUUUCACUUGACCAUUCAGUGCCUUAAUCUGUUGGCUACCAAUGCCAAGCACAAGGUCUGGCUCAAACCCACCUCGGAGAUGUCGUUCUUGUACGGGAAUCAUGUCUUGAAAGGUGGGUUGGGGAGGAUAACGGAGAAUAUUGUUGCUGGGGAUGGGGUGGUGGUGUUUUCAAUGGCGGAUGUGCCAUUGGGUUUCGGAAUCGCUGCGAAGUCAACCCAGGAUUGUAGGAAGAUGGACCCAAAUGGGAUUGUUGUGCUGCACCAGGCUGAUAUUGGGGAGUACUUGAGAAUGGAGGAUGAUCUGUGAAAAAGGGUAGUUGAUUGUCAUCAUUUGGUGGUUUUGGCAAGUAUUGGUAAGUGGGCUGGGUUUGAUGUUGGGGGGAUAAAUUUGGAUCCUUUUCUGUCGGUGUUGAGCAAUUAUGUAGCUUUACUUUAUAUAGUUCUGUAUGUGGGAUUUAUUUUCUUUUGAUAUUUAAAAGCUUUUUUAACAUGAUUACGAUGAUUAGCUUCAAGUUUGAAAUGCUUCGUUUUGGCAUAGUUGCUUUUUGAAAUGUACUUUGGCAUUCAUGUGCCUCAGAUGAUACCUUCUGUCUUCUGUCACAUUUCUUAUAAUGGGAAAUCUAGAAAGUCUUUACUGUCUUAA